AUGAGAACCCUUUGCAUAAUUUGGUGCCCUCUGUUAUCAAGGAAGUCUUUAAUUAAAUAAAUAAAUGUAAACAAUCACAAUAAACUUACGGGUUGGACUAAAAACUUUGUAAGGGUUUUAGCCUGACAAUGGAGUCAUCUAAAAUGUCACCCGGUCCUCCGGCCCACAGUGUAGAGGUUGAAGAAGAAGACGAAAACGUGAAACAACUCAGGGACUGUGCUCAACUAUAUUUAAACUUGCAGGAGUGUCUGGUUAGAACUAACAGAGAUUGGAGAGCUUGUCAAGCAGCCCUAAUCAGUAGAUGACCAAAGGAGUGAAACAGCAGAAGGUGUCUUUAACAGCCUGAAUCAGAAUCUUGACAACUUGAUAAGCCCUUGGAGUUUGCCAAAAAUGCAGACCAGCAGAUUCGCUAAGGAUACCAGAAUAAAUCACAUAAAAUGGAGGAGCAGAGAUAGGAAGAGCAGAUCGCUAUUAUGCAAUGUUAUGAAUAUGUUUAACUUCAUCUUGAAAUUGUUAUAUAUAUACCCUUCUCUUGGCGGAAAUCUCCUUAGGUCGGCUUGCAACAAUUUAUUAUUAAUAUUUACCACGUGAGACUUUAGGUCCAGUUCAAUGCCUUAGCACGUUACAUUUCGGGCCCAGCCCUAUUGCAUAUUAAAUUGCCCACAUUGCAUUUUGGGCCCAGUCCUAUUACAUAUUAAAUUGCCUUUUUUCCACGCCACAUUUGGGUCUAGCCCAAUAAAUGGUUACAUUGAAACAAUACAUGUAUAUGUGAUUUAUAUGAUCCAAACUUAGCUAAUAU